AUGUCAAAAAUAAAAAUGAAAUGUCAAAAAGGCUCAGUAAAUGGAUGUUGCAUAGUUGUGGAAUAUGUUGGUGGAGGAACUCUUACAUCCUAUCUUUCAAAAUACACAAUGAAGAAGAAGUUACCUUUGGAUACUAUUCUACAACUUGCAAUCGAUGUUGCUAAAGGAUUAAGUUACCUUCAUUCAGAAAAGAUUGCUCAUAGAGAUGUGAAGACUGAAAAUUUACUUCUUGACAAAACUGGAAGAGUGAAGAUAAUUGAUUUUGGAAUAUCAAGUCAUUUUUUUUCUCUUGGCUUGAAUUAUCCUCCUAUGAUGGUUGGAACAACUGGAACUAUCGGUUACAUGGCUCCUGAGGUUUUGAGCGAAGUGUCGUACGAUCAUAAGUGUGAUGUCUAUAGCUUUGGAAUUUGCUUGUGGGAAAUGUACACUUGUUUAGAUCCAUAUCCUGAACACAUUUCUCGUAGUAAAAUCUCAAAUCAAAUUUAUAUGGAUCGAAGGCCUGAGAUACCAAAAUGUUGUCCAACAGCAUUAUCAGAUAUAAUGAAAAAAUGUUGGGAUGCAAAGCCACAAAACAGGCCAGAGAUGAAGGAAGUGUUGCAAAUGUUACAAGACAUUCAGACAAGUACAGGAAAACGAAAGCACAUGUUUUGUUUUGCCUAG